UCUUCGUGUUACAUCUUCAUGUAUUGGCUCUGUGAAUCUGCCAUCACGUUCAUAAAAAAAGUUGAAAGUUAAGGUGAAAUACAUUAAAAUCAAGUGAAAACACAUUAAAAUCGUAUUUAAGUUGUGAUUGUGCAAUUUCUUAAUUUUUUCGUGGAAUAAAUGACAUGCUUUUGAAACAUGUCGGCCUCUUUGGUUAAGAAAAGUCUUCAAAUUGUGGAAUCGUCUGAAUUUCAAGGAGCACGAGAAUCCUGAGAGAGAGGAAACACACUUAGAGAGAGAGAGAGAAACAUGAUGGCCAACGGUGGAGGCGAGAAAAUGGUAGCUCCGUUCGGUGGUGGUGGUGGGGGGGAUGGAGCCCAAUGGACUCCUUUUAUUCCUUCCGUACUUCCGUGGAGCAGCGUAACUCCAUCCAUAACGUCACAAGUGGUUCACUUCACUGGAACACCAUCUAUGGCAUCAUUGCCAGUAGUCCAUUUCAGCGGAACACCAACUAUGACGUCACAGGCUCUACAUUCUACUGCGACACCGACAAUGACGUCACGAGUGGUGAAUUUCACGGGAACGCCUACGAUGACAUCACAAGUGGUUAAUUUUACGGCUCCAGUGACGUCACAACUAGGUGGACCGUCACACUUGGGUAGUUAUGGAUUUGAUACGGGAAUGACUUCAUCGCAACCAUAUCGCCCUCUUAUUCCACCAAAACGAAAGUGUCCUCUCGCCUGGGAAGAAAUACCGCCUCCAAAACUGCACAUAACUGACGAGCAGAUGGCCUGUCGCAUGAAGGGCUUGCAGAUUAGCCAGAACAACGAGCUGCUGACUCAGCAAACGUCGCAGGAUGACGUCACGCUACCAUCGCUAGUUGUCUGCGAUGAAAUUCGGCAACUGCGCAUGCCUAACAACAUUUUGCCGGCCGAACUUCUCGCAAAACUGGAGAGUCCUUCGAAGGCGUUGGUGGUUUGGAAGCCACCUGAACAACGUGCGGCCGAGCUCCUACAACAAACCUUGAAAAAUGUAAAAGAAAAAGAUGAAUCCAAGAACAAGGAAGAAUCAGAAAUGUUGUGUUCGUCAUUUCAGUCAGAUGAUAAAAAAGAGGAUGGUAUGGCUACCGCCUCAACGUCGACCACCUAUUCUUUCCAGCCUCAUCCAGCUUUGCCAAAUUUUAGUUUAGAUGCUUUCAACAAUAACAACAACACACUGUUUGAAGCGCCACAGCAACAACUGGUCUCUAGCGGUGGUGGUGAUGUUGAGGACAUGGCACUUGAUGUUGAUGUAUGAUGUAUGUGAUAGUGAAUUGUGUGAUGUCUGGGAUGAUAAUUAUGCGAUUUUUGAUCUUUGUAAUUGGUGUUUGAGGAUGAUACUUGAUGUUAGUGUGUGACAGCUAUAAACGCUCGUCAUCUGAUCAGACUUUUUAUGGUCGACUUUAUUUUGCGUUUCGUCAAACUUCCUCGGUUUCAUUUUCUUUCAUAUGUUCUCUUAUGAGAGAUAGAUACUGAAUCUUCUAUAAAUUAUGAAAUAACUCAUGAAAUCACAUUUCCUUACAAGAAAAUCUGGCAAUAGCAGUUUUCUACAGGAAUGAUAGGAUGAGUGAAAUAUUAUAAUAAUUUAUCAUAAAUGUAAUUUAUGUACUGUAAUAGCUUAGUUGAUUUGAAUAUGCCGCCAAUCAUGCAGAUUCCAGUACAACUUCUUAUCGCAUUUUAUGAUGAAUAUUUGCAAUAUGAAUGUAUUUUUUUAUGAAAAAUGAAAUUAACAAUUCGAUAACUCUAGUUUAUGAUUUCAGAACACAUCUUGAGAUUGAUUAUUAGAGAGCAAACUAUAAAUUUAAAUGAUGAAUUGAUCCAAGUGGAAAAGAUAAUGAUGAUCGGCAAAAAUUCAAAUACAAAAUGCUAUUAUGGGGCAUAAAUUACAUUCAUGAUGAAUUAAUUGUUCUUAUCAUAUUUUUUCGGUAGAGAAUUGCUAUUGCCAAAAGGAAAUAUGAUUUCAUGUGUUAUUUAAUUAUUUAUAGUGAAAUAUUUAGUAUUUAUUUCCCGUGAGAAAAAGUAUAUAAGAAUUUUAAACCUGGAAAGUUUGACGUCACACAAAAUUUAAUAGACCAUAAAAAGCUCUGUCUGAUCAGAUGUCGAGCGUUAUGCUAUUCCAUUUAUCUAUCUAUCUUGAGUGUGUGAUAAAUGAUCAUAUUUAUAAAAUAAUUUAUGUCUGACUUUGAUGUACUGAAUUAUCUCUAUGACCUGGACAUAGAUUUUUGGAUUAUAUGAUUAGCUGUUGUUUGAGAUGAUUAUGAUGAGACAAUGAUGUUCAUAUUGUCUGUAAAGUUAACUUCUUGAAUGAUAGAAUUCGAUCUUUGAUGUUAAUUUUUUAUGUUUGUAGUAAUAGAGCUAAGGCACGUUGCACACAGGAGAAACGCGAUAUAUGAAACACUGAAUAUAUACCAGUACACGACAAUUUACAUGAAACAACAUACUAUCAUUACAUGUACUAUCAAUGUCACGUGAAUGAUGGAUUGCAUUAGAGCCGUUUCAUAUACCUCAACACUAUAAUUGCUGUAAUAUUUAUUUAUCAUUUAUCUAUAUAAUAUGACAACUCCCAGUUUCCCACUAAGUCUAACAAGACCAAUAGUGUUACAAAAACAAAAUAGCACUGCAAAUUUAACAUAAUGAAAAACUUGAAUUAUAAAAUGAGUACAGUAAAAAUGUGGAUCACACUAAUAUUGUUCCGGGAGUAGAUUCAGCAGAUCACAGUAGGUGUGGUUCGCAUAACCGAAAAUUCCACAAGAGUAUUAAAAAUUGUAAUGCAUAUAUCGAAAAAAAAAAUUCCGCGCUGAAAGUUGUGAAAACCAUUAAAUUCUCAUUUCGAUAGGUUAAUUUUCAAAAGACUUUGUAUUAGUUUGAUAAACGGUGCUGUUGCUAUUGUAUCGUGACUUUUUCCAUUUGAAUUCAUUGUGAAACUGAAGAAAAUAACGUUUUUUUUCUUCGGUGUGCCUGCAUACAUGAAACAGAUACUAUGAGGCUCGUUUCAUAUAGCCUACUGCGUUUUUCCGGUUUGCAACGUUUUUCUUGAGACUUUAUAUUAAGUAUGAUGAUAUUGAUUAAUAAAUAAUAUUAAUUAUAUUGAUUAUUGAUGAUGUUUAUAGAAAUAACACUCAUGUAAGUGAUGAUGAGACGUGAUUCAUGAUCAUUUUGAUUCAUAAUCAAAUGUUAUGCAUUCUGUGCUUCAUAAUAAAUUACAACUAAUUUAUUUGUAACACUAUUUCUUGACAAUAUUCAAAUAACUAUUGAUAGCAAAAGAUGAUGAUGGCUUCUUGAAUCACAAUUUUCAGCAAUUAAAUUCUGGAUCUAAAUAGUUUUCAACUUCACAAGUGUGAACUUUCUCAAUUGCUAAUUUAAACAAGUAUUUCAAAAUUGCAAUUCAUUGUAACCACUUAUCUCAAGUUUAAAUAACUAAAGUUGUAUUUAUUUUCUUAAUUUCACUCUCCGUCUAUCUCUCUUAGUAGAAUUAUGAGAUUUUGAUUUUUUUUCAUUAUCGAUAGUCGCAUAAAACUAUAGUCAGUCACAUAUUCAUUUAGCUUUAUUUGGUUUGAAAUGAUAUUAAAUUAACUUACUUACCUCCUACAAUUUUCUAUUGUGUUCGAUUAUUAAUGUAAUACAAGGCUGUUUUAAGGUAUUAGGCGCUAGGUAUAAGGCUGAAUAACAUUAAGUUUUAAUUAGUUAUUUUUUAAUGUUAAUAUUUUUGUAAAUUUUGGUUUAACUGUUGUUCAUAGUGUGUUUUGUGUUUGAUAAGUUUUGAAGAAAAAAUCAUUAGGCUACUGAAAAGAAAAAUGAAUUCAAAUAGACUUUUUACUCAAAUCUCUUUGCAAUCAAAUAUUUCAUUCUUAUUCUUGAAAUAAAUUGAAUCGGUUAAGCGUGUUUAACUCAGACAGAUUUUCGACCUCUCUUUUAUUUAUGUGUAUACUAUACAAAAGAUAAGUAGAAAAAGUCUAUAAUCACGUGAAAAUACCGGAAUCAAUUUUUGAACACCUAAUUAUUCUGAGAUUUUAAAUCUAGAGAAUGUGUAUCUUGAAUAUUAAAAUUUUCUGAAUUUUCAACUUAAAUUCUGAAAUAUUUGUCCCAAAUACCAACAAUAAAUUUCCAAUUUUAUUGAAUUUUUGUGCUAUUGAUUUUAAUUUUAGGUAAAACAAAAAAAACUAGAUUUAUGCAAAAUUAGAUAGAUUUCAUAAUAGAUCUAAUUUGUUAGAAACAUAAUUGUUUAACAUUUAUUGGGUUUGAAGUGUUUGAAUUGUUUAAUUUGCUGUAAAAAUCUUCAAGGUUUAAAAAUAUUUUUUUGCGAACAAUUGAUUGCGAGUCAAUUAGUUUUGAGUGCUGACGUUUCUACAUUGUAUAGCUUUUGUAAUUUAUUUGAGAAAUAAAUGGAAGUAUUUUUUAA